GUCGACCAGCGCGCCAAGAUUGCGAUCGAAAAGAGAGAAUCAAAAAGAAAAUCGAUCCGGCUAUAGGUCAUCCUUGCUCUCACCUCUCUCUGCUGCGAAGGCGGAAAUUCCAGUAUCCGAUCUUCCCUGGGAGGAGGGUGUAGACCUUUCUGUUCGUUCUUUCUUUCCUCCCCCUUUUCCGACCGAGCAGCCGGAGGGAGGUGGAAGAAAGGGAAAGGAUGAGCGGGGCUAAGCUGUGCAGCCUUCGGGAAUUAGGCUACGAGGGGAGUGACGGCCUCGACCCGGACAGCUUUGAGUGGCCCUUCCAGCACGAAGAGGCUCGCCACCUGCUCCAGUGGAUCUGCUCCAGCCUCCGUCGCUCCAACGUCCUCUCCCCUGCCGAAGUCUCCCAGUAUGAACAUUUUCUACAAGAAGGAAAGCUUUUAGAGGGUGAGGACUUAGAUUUUGCUUACAAUAGCAUUUCAGCCUUUUCAAAUAGGAGAAACAACCAAGAAGCUGUUAUUGGAGCUGAAGAAGGAAUAAAGGAAAUCAGGGAAGCUACUUUGACAUAUAAAGCCGAAGCUCUGAAGUUGCAGAAGCAGCUUGAGCAUUUGCAGUUGCAGUAUGAUUUACUUACAGGUCAAUCUUCAUCUUUAAUUCAAGGAAGAAGAUCAAGGAUAUCAUCAUCAUCUUCAGCAAACGGUGAACUUGCUUUAUUAGAAGAAAAACUUUCUGCAAGAAACUUGGAGAUGAAUGAAGUUCUUGAGAAAAUUGCCUCUUCAGCGAAAGAGCUAGAGCACUACCAUUCAGGUGAAGAAGAGGGUAUUUAUUUGACCUAUCUGGAUUUUGGUUCAUACUUACUUGAAGAUUCUUCUUGCAAAAAGGAGCUUGACCAGUGGUUUGCAAAGCAGUUUGACACGGGUCCUUUUCGCCUUGUUGUUGAAGAUAGUAAAUCUAAAUGUUCUUGGGUGAGUCUUGAUGACGUUACUAAUUGCUUAGUCCGAGGAGAUAAGGAGAAAUCAUGUCAUCAUCGUGUAACUGAGCUGCAAAGGCUGCGUUCCAUAUUUGGCACAAGUGAAAGGCAGUGGGUUGAAGCUCAAGUUGAAAAUGCAAAACAACAAGCCGUUCUUCUGGCACUUAAGUCUCAAAUCGCUUCAGAUGAAGCUCAUAUUCAUCUUGAUCUUCACUCCCUCCGGAGAAAGCAUUCUGACCUAACAGGGGAGCUUUCAAAUCUUUACAUGAAAGAACAGAAAUUGUUAUCUGAGACAAUUCCUUCUCUUUGCUGGGAGCUAGCUCAACUUCAAGAUACAUAUAUAUUACAAGGUGAUUAUGAUUUGAAGUUGAUGAGGCAGGAGUAUUACAUUACUCAACAAAAAGUGUUUAUAAACCAUUUAGUUAAUCAGCUAGCUAGACACCAGUUUCUCAAACUUGCUUGCGAUCUGGAACGGGAGACUAUUCUCAGAGCAUAUGAACUAUUAAGAGUAGUCGAGUCAGAGUUGGAUGGCUACAUUCAGGCAACCAGCGGGCGUGUGGACCGAUGUUUAUCCUUAAUCCAAAUUGCAUCUGAAGCACAUGAGCAAGGGGCUGUUGAUGAUCGGGAUUUAUUUCUACAUGCCGUCAGGGAUUUGUUAAGUCUUUAUACAAAUGCCCAAGGUGUUUUGCCAGCUUAUGUUUCAGUACCUGGUAUCAUUCAUCACAUCAAAGAAUUGCAAUCUGACUUGAUGUAUCUACAGUCUGACCUUGAGAAUACGCUUCCAGAGGACAGAAAUGGGUGCAUUAAUGACAUGUGCAAUCUGAUUCAAGCCAUGCAGCAGCUCCUUUUUGCAUCCUCAACAACUUCACAGCCAAUAUUGACCCCUUGGCCCUUGAUGAAGGAACUGGCCGAAAUGGAGAAGGUUAAUUCUCAACUUUCAGCUGCAGUAGAGGAUGUGACACGUGAACACCGUGAGAAAGCUGAGAUUGUGAAACAUCAUCCCCACGAAGUUGGACGUGAAAGGCAAGUUUUUGUGGAUUUCUUCUGUAAUCCGGACCGCCUGAAGAGUCAAGUUAGAGAGAUGGCUGCGCGUGUUAAAGCCCUCCAAGUAUAAAAGUCUAUCAUCUGUAUUUUCUUAUUUCCCCCUUUUUAUGUAAGUAUGCUUGUGCUAGUUGUGUUGUAGAAUAGAAAUCCAAUUAUUUGUGGCAGCUUUUGAGACUGCAAUUUCCUUGUAUAUUCUCUGUGGCCUUCUUUUUCUUCUUUUGCCCUCAAGGGUUGUAAUGUAUGACGGCCUCUACAAUUUUCUAAUGUUUGAACGAGUUUCUUUUGAAUCAGAUUAUACAGGCCCGUCGCUGUUGCAAGAUAA